UAAUCUGAGUCGAACCCAGCCACCCCACUCGCGAAACUCGCGAUUCCAAACCGAUCCCACCUCGUUCCUCUUUUCUGCAUCAAUUUUUUUUUUCUUCCCUCUUUCCCCCCCACCUUAACAAUUCAUAACCCCUAAAUUUCAAUCAAAUUUUGCCCUUUCUCAAUGCAAAUCCUAAUCCAAAUCCAAAUCUAAAUGUGCGUUUUUCCCAAAACUUUCAAUUGGGCUCUCCAUUUGCAAAAUUCAGUUUAUGAUGCAGCUAAUAAGCCAAUCAGACGAGGGUAAUUUGUAGAAGACGAUCAUGAAUUGUUGAAAAGGCCGAUGGCUUCACUUCGUUCCACCGGACUUGUGGACCCCGGAUGGGAGCAUGGCAUUGCCCAAGACGAGAAAAAGAAGAAGGUGAAAUGCAAUUACUGUGGGAAAAUAGUCAGUGGUGGGAUAUACAGGCUAAAGCAACAUUUGGCUCGAGUAUCUGGAGAAGUGACUUACUGCAAUAAGGCGCCGGAGGAAGUGUACCUGAGAAUGAAGGAAAAUCUGGAAGGAUGUCGUUCCAGCAAGAAACCGAGACAUUGCGGAGAUAAUGGGCAGGCAUACUUGAGCUUCAACUCCAAUGAUGAUGAAGAACAGGAGGAGCUCCAUGUUGAGUAUAGAAGCAAAGGGAAACAAUUGAUGGUUGAUAGGAACUUAGCUAUGAAGUGCACUCCUCUUCGAUCGUUGGGGUACGUUGAUCCCGGAUGGGAGCAUUGUGUUGCUCAAGAUGAGAGGAAGAAGAAGGUGAAAUGCAACUACUGUGAGAAAAUAGUGAGCGGAGGUAUCAAUCGGUUUAAGCAACAUUUAGCAAGAAUUCCUGGGGAAGUAGCGCCUUGUAAACACGCUCCAGAGGAAGUGUAUCUUAAGAUUAAAGAUAACAUGAAAUGGCAUCGCACUGGGAGGAAACAAAAACGGGGUGAUGUAAAUGACGUGUCGUCAUUUUAUGCACAAUCAGAUUCUGAGGAUGAGCAAAUGGAGGCUGGUUUGUGUCGUAUAAGCAAGGAAAAAAUGAUCGACAAUGAUGGCAAAGUAGUCAAAGAUUUGAGGAAGACUUUUAAGGGGAUGUCUCCCACUAGAGGCUCUGAACCACUGUUAAAAAGAUCUAGACUUGAUUCGGUUUUUAUGAAUACGUUUAUGGGGCAGACACCAGAGUCUUACAGGCAAGUAAGAGUUAAGACGUCGUCAAAUAGAAAAUCACGGAGGGAAGUUAUUUCGGCGAUUUGCAAGUUCUUUUACCAUGCAGGAGUUCCCUUACAAGCAGCAAAUUCAGUGUACUUCCAUAAGAUGUUGGAAUUGGUAGGACAACAUGGACAGGGCUUAACUGGGCCUCCGAGCCAACUAAUAUCUGGCCAAUUUCUGCAGGAGGAAAUUGCAAGCCUUAAGAACCACCUAGAUGAGUACAAGACUUCUUGGGCAAUCACUGGUUGUUCUAUACUGGCUGACAGUUGGAGAGAUACACAAGGAAGGACAUUAAUAAAUCUUUUGUCUUGUGGACCAAGUGGUAUGUACUUUGUUUCUUCCGUUGAUGCCACUGAAGUAAUAGAAGAUGCGGUCAGUCUGUUUGAGAUGCUCGAUAAAGUGGUGGAAGAGAUGGGUGAGGAAAAUGUAGUGCAGGUUAUAACUCGGAAUACUCCCAGUUACAAAGCUGCUGGAAAGAUGCUUGAAGAGAAGAGAAGGAACUUAUUCUGGACCCCAUGUGCAACUGAUUGUAUUGAUCAGAUGCUUGAAGAUUUUCUGAAGAUAAGAUGUGUAGGGGAGUGUGUGGAGAAAGGUCAAAUAAUUACAAAGUUUAUUUACAACCAAAUUUGGUUGUUAAAUCUCAUGAAGAAUGAAUUCACUCAGGGGAAGGAACUUUUGAGACAAUCCGUGACCCGAUGUGCCUCUAGCUUCACUACCCUGCGGACUUUGCUUGACCACAGGAUUGGUCUCAGAAGACUGUUUCAAUCAAGCAAAUGGGUUUCAUCCCGGUGCUCGAAAUCAGGCGAGGGAAAAGAGGUGGAAAAGAUUGUUCUAAACCCUACAUUUUGGAAGAAGGUGCAUUUCGUUGUGAAGUCGGUGGAUCCAAUAAUGCAAGUUCUUCAGAAGGUUGACGGUGGUGAUAGCUUGUCAAUGCCUUGUAUGUAUUAUGAAAUGUACAGUGCAAAGCUCGCUAUUAAAUCUAUUCAUGGUGAUGAUUCAUACAAGUAUGGACCCUUCUUGGAUGUUGUAGAGAGUCAUUGGAAUUCAUUGUUCUACCACCCUCUAUAUAUGGCUGCUCAUUUCUUGAAUCCAUCAUAUCGGUAUCAACCUGAUUUUGUGGCGCAUACGGAAGUGGUCCGUGGAGUGAAUGAAUGUAUAGCUCGGCUGGAGCCAGACACUGCAAAAAGAGUUUCUGCAUCGAUGCAGCUUUCCGACUAUAAUUCUGCAAAGGCUGAUUUUGGUACUGAAUUGGCAAUCAGUACAAGAACAGAGCUUGAUCCGGCGGCUUGGUGGCAACAGCAUGGGAUAAGUUGCUUAGAGCUGCGACGGAUAGCUGUACGUAUUCUAAGUCAGACGUGCUCGUCUUUUGGGUGCGAGCAUAAUUGGAGUAUGUGUGAUCAAAUAUAUAGACAGAAACACAACCGUAUAGCUCAGAAAAGAUUGGGAGACCUUAGCUAUGUUCACUACAACCUGCGACUAAGAGAACGCCAAAUGAGAAAAAGGUCAAAUAGUCCGGCCUCACUCGACAGCCUACUGCUAGAAAACUUGCUAGACGAGUGGAUUGUUGAAGGAGAGAAAAAACUGCCGCUAAAAGAUGAGGAAAUCAUCCUUUGUAACGAAAUGGAAGUGAAUGCGUACGAGGACGAGACGAUUGAUUACGAAGGAGGAACUGUAGACACUAGAAAGGGAUGUGUUGAACUAGUUGCUUCGACGGAUGUAAAUGUGAAUCCUGGCAAUUCGUGUGCCGACUCUGACGAGGACGACGAUGGCGGUUACGAUGGUGGUGGUAGUGGUGGUGAAAUCAACUAUUUUGAUGAUGAUUUGAUUAUUUGUCAUCGUCAUCAUAUAUUUCAGAAACAAGACAAACAGACAGACAGACAGACACAACUCAGAAAGUCAAAACCCAUCCCAAGACAUAAAAAUUAAAAUAG